AUGAACCGAUGUGCCACGCACGACAUCAUCAGACUGGACUGGACUGGACUGGACUCGACUCAAUCGCCCUCGUUCCAACCAUGGCCAUCACGUCAUACCGAGGAGCAAUCGGCCUCAUUUACUCCUCCCGCUGCAAACAAAAAACAUGGCGUCCAAACAAGAGACCUUGGUCCAGGUGUGCUCGAGGCUUGUUGGAGAGCAUUUCAAAGAGGAUCCUUUUCACAAACCUUUCCAGCUGCAGAAGUUCAAGCCCGCAGAACACGCUUUGUUGUGCGAUUUCUUUUGGAAGACAAAAAUAUCCCCGGGGACCCCCAAAGAGGCGAUCAACCAUGCCUGCUAGUGCACGAUCUCGAAAACCCUAGCCACAAGGAAAAGACUGUCUACAAACACAUCGAAGCUAACAAGGGCUCGUGCAUUGGACUCUAUGGAACAUCGGGUGUCGGGAAGACGCGCUCCACGUUUGAAUAUCUCAGCCACAACUUUGGUUUGUAUUUUGUUGCAAGCACAAGACACGAUGCAGGCUCCUCUGAUUUGGAAAAUCUCCUCAUCUGGUUCAAACGUUUGGUUUAUGUGCGAAAUGUGGUCUAUGCCGCCAUGAACGAACAGUUGAAGAAGAAGGGCCAACCAUGUCUCACCCCGUAUCAAUGGCUCUUGAUUCAGCUUUAUCCGGAAGAGGCACUGGGAUGGGAUCUAUUCGAUGUUGUUCAUGGUGAAUUAACCGCGGGAGCUGUCUUGAAUCCCGAGGACAAGUCCAUUGCCAGUCUAUGA